AACUCGGUGAGGAGCUUUGGGAUUAUUUUAUAAACUUUCGGAGUCCAGCUUUCCUAUCAGAGACUUCCAAGAAGAAGAAAGAUCGGAUGGUAAACAAAAGAUGAGUCGCUGCUUGCCCCAGAUCCAGUUCCACGAAGACGGCGCGAGGACCCCGGCCCCCUGCGACGGCGACUUUUUCCCGGAGGACUUCACGGGACUCGAGGCCUCCUUCAGGAGCGACGAGAGGCUCCAAGGAGGCUGCUCCGACUUCGACGUUCUGUACGACACGUACCUGGCGAGAUUCGAGCAGUCGAUCAGUCUUCAAGGUCAGCAUCAGCAGGCUGAUUGUGAUGACUCUUUCUUGCUUUCGCUCACCCAUGAAUGGAAUGGCCAGGACAGCCACGAAUGGUCGGAAGGCGGAGUGAGAGGAGCUGGAGAGUCACACACACCCGUUAAAAAAUUCAAAGAGGCUGAAGAUUUGCAAGACUUGGCUCCUGAACUGAACUCGUCCCCACACGUCGUCGUCAGAUCGCAGGAUGGGACCUUCUUCUCUGCGCCCCCACCACUUCGUUUUGCUUCUCCCACGCCUUCUUCUUCUUCUUCUUCUUCUUCUUCUUCUUCUUCUUCGCUCUUUGCCCUGGACAACAGCAGCUGGGACCUGACCCAGGAAGAAUUCCAGGACCUCGACCGGUACAUCCCACCAGGAGGAAGAUGGGGCGACCCGACCUUGGAUUUACUCGGCUCACUCGAAGAGCCAUUUGUCUACUCCUCCACCGAAGAAGUAGCUGAAGGAUUAGGUGAUUACCCCUCUCCCAAGGGAGUGGAAGGAGGCAACGCUGCUGACGGAAGGGGGGAGGAAGAGAAGGAAGAGGGGGAGGAGGAGGAGGAGGAGGAGGAGGAGGAGGAGGAGGAAGAAGAAGAAGAACUUUACUGGAAUGGAAAGGAAGUGGAAGAACCGUUGAUAUUCCUGGAAGUUUACGGCAACAAGGAGAGUUAUCUAUGGAGGCAAGGGCCGAGAGAAAAGGCGAGCUGCGCCGUGACUCAGAAAGUGAAGACGACCUCGAGGAAAGGAGAAAGAGGCCCCAAGAUUUGGGAGUUUCUGAUGCGACUCUUGGUCGACCCAAUGACCAACCCGGAAUUGAUCGGAUGGGACGACGCAGCCAGCGGCACCUUCAUCUUGACCCAGCCCGGGGUCAUUGCCCACCUGUGGGGUGCCAGGGCCAACAAACCCAGCCUCUCUGCCAACAACUUCGCCAGGGGACUCAGGUACCACUACAGCACAGGAGCCCUGACCGCUGUAUCCGAGAGACACUAUGUGUACAAGUGCGGACCCAAAGCCCUGAGGUACCUCGCCUGUAUUCAGAGGAAAGCGGAGUAGACCAGAGAGUGCCGGAAAGUCGAGGUGAAGCACCACCAGCAGCAGCAGCAGCAGAAGUAGUCCUGCGAGUCUUACCCGAGUUCAUUGUUGAGUGGGGAUAGUGCAUGGAUGGGUUACCAGAAGCAUUCUGGAGCCGUCUGAAGCUGGGAGUCCAGUGUUGAUUUUAGGCUUGAGGUGUGAAUUAGGCAGGGGCCAUUGCCUUGUUACUUCGAUGGAGACCUUUACCUGUGUUGAAAAAACUUCACAAUAUAUAUAUAUAUAUAUAUAUAUAUAUAUAUAUAUAUAUAUAUAUAUAUAUAUAUAUAUAUAUAUAUAUAUAUAACCCUGUGGUGGGGUUGUAAGAAUACUACCACCGUAGGUCCUGUGUGUCAUAAAAGGCGACUAAAAGGACAGCUGCUGCCUUGCAGUCUUACUUUUUUAGUAAAACGCUAGACCCACCACCAGUGACUG